CAGGCAGAUCGAGCCCUGCGCAGCGAGGGGAAAGAGACACACACAGCGCCACCAGGCAAGUAGUAGUAAAAGGCAAAAGCACGGCACAUUAAAAGAGAGGCCAGCCCAGCCCCGGACCGGACCGGAGCCAAGCAGCAGCCGCAGCCGCAGCCGCAGCAGAGGAGAGAGAGAGGGAGGGAGAAGCAUAUAUGGCGAUGCCCUUUGCCUCCCUGUCGCCGGCAGCCGACCACCACCGCUCCUCCCCCAUCUUCCCCUUCUGCCGCUCCUCCCCUCUCUACUCGGUAGGGGAGGAGGCGGCGCAUCAGCAUCCUCAUCCUCAGCAGCAGCAGCAGCAGCACGCGAUGAGCGGCGCGCGGUGGGCGGCGAGGCCGGCGCCCUUCACGGCGGCGCAGUACGAGGAGCUGGAGCAGCAGGCGCUCAUCUACAAGUACCUCGUCGCCGGCGUCCCCGUCCCGCAGGACCUCCUCCUCCCCAUCCGCCGCGGCUUCGAGACCCUCGCCUCGCGCUUCUACCACCACCACGCCCUUGGGUACGGGUCCUACUUCGGGAAGAAGCUGGAUCCGGAGCCGGGGCGGUGCCGGCGGACGGACGGCAAGAAGUGGCGGUGCUCCAAGGAGGCCGCUCAGGACUCCAAGUACUGCGAGCGCCACAUGCACCGCGGCCGCAACCGUUCAAGAAAGCCUGUGGAAACGCAGCUCGUCGCCAGCUCCCACUCCCAGUCCCAGCAGCACGCCACCGCCGCCUUCCACAACCACUCGCCGUAUCCGGCGAUCGCCACUGGCGGUGGCUCCUUCGCCCUGGGGUCUGCUCAGCUGCACAUGGACACUGCUGCGCCUUACGCGACGACCGCCGGUGCUGCCGGAAACAAAGAUUUCAGGUAUUCUGCCUAUGGAGUGAGGACGUCGGCGAUCGAGGAGCACAACCAGUUCAUCACCGCGGCCAUGGACACCGCCAUGGACAACUACUCGUGGCGCCUGAUGCCGUCCCAGGCCUCGGCAUUCUCGCUCUCCAGCUACCCCAUGCUGGGCACGCUGAGCGACCUGGACCAGAGCGCGAUCUGCUCGCUGGCCAAGACUGAGAGGGAGCCACUGUCCUUCUUCGGCGGCGGCGGCGACUUCGACGACGACUCGGCUGCGGUGAAGCAGGAGAACCAGACGCUGCGGCCCUUCUUCGACGAGUGGCCCAAGGACAGGGACUCGUGGCCGGAGCUGCAAGACCACGACGCCAACAACAACAGCAACGCCUUCUCAGCCACCAAGCUGUCCAUCUCCAUGCCGGUCACCAGCUCCGACUUCUCUGGCACCACCGCCGGCUCCCGCUCGCCCAACGGUAUAUACUCCCGGUGAACGGCGUCGGCCGGCCUGAUCUCUGCUGAUUUGCCGUGGUCACGACGGACGUCCUCAAAUCAUCACAGAUGAGCGAACCGGCCGACCCGAUCGAAUGUGUCUGUGAGCCGACUGCAGCUUGCUUGCUCAUUUUGUAUGGAUCGUCGUGCAGCAGGAACGAAACACUACUCCUUUAAUUUCCUUUCUUUAAUUUCACAACGUUUUUUCUGGGUUUUGCCGUGUAUCGGCCGGAACUGUACUACCAAGUUUUCUAUAGCCUCGAUGGUCAUGCACGACAUCGUUGACUGUUUCCCGCGCACUUACUGUUGAAAUAAUCUUCCAUUUUUGGCUAUCAAUUUACCGUCAGUUCUCUGAA